AUUUCAAAUCAAGCCUUCAAGUUGUUGUAAAGUGUUUUUUUUCGACUUUUUAACGCUUGAAUUUUGAUGUUUGUACAAAAUGUUGAACAUAGCCAAAUCUAUGGCACACUUUGAUGAUGAUCCAGACACUUCCAAUGAUCCUGAAAGCGAUGAAUCUUACAAUGAACAAAGUGAUGAUGACGGUGAUUAUGAAUCUGAUAAUGAAUCUCAAGACAGAGACGGUAAUGAGUGCGUUGGACCAGUACUCCCAGGGGGCCACAGAUUUGACAAAAAAUUGAUCUGUAUUAAAUAUCCUGGGAAUGUGAUCAAUCCUGAUAAAGCCAUCGAAACUCUUGGGGGCCUAUCGGAUAUUUCUUCUACCGUUGAUAACAAAAGUAGAAGAAUGGAACUGAAAUUUAGGCCAAGUGAUGGAUAUUGCAAUCCUACGUGUGGGGAUAGAAAUGAAACAGUUGGAUUCUUGUUGAGAGUGAGAGUCAAAAAGUCUAGGAGAGAAAAAUUGGAAGGAUCAGUUAUGACUCAUGAUGAAGUGGAAGAAAAAGUUGGUGAUGAAUGCACGGAUGACGAUUCUAGUCAGAAAAUUACAAGUCACAGUAGUAGGAGUAAAGUUAAUGAGAAAAUAUCUAAUCAAGAUGACGAUUGUGAGAGUAACAAAGAUGAUUCUGGAAAAGAUAAACCACCGAGCUUUGAUCGUGAAAAGUAUGAAAACUUAUCAAAAGAUGUAGAUUACAGAUUACCAAAACUAAAAGUACUGGGAAAAGUUGACACUGAGUUUAGAUUUACGAGCUUAUGUGAUUUUCAAUAUUUGCCUAUCACCAAAAACAUCAAAGAUCCAUCAAAGGACGAAUGUAUAUACGAUAAAAUAUAUCCAAUUGGCAUGCCACCUGUAAGUUGGAUGGACAAUGAGGUGCCUUAUUUUCUACCACCAGCUGCAUUUAGUCGAAUGGACAGUGUACAGCAGUACCUUCCAAAGCCAGAAGCACCAACCAGCAAUCCUUUGGCACCGGAUGUGAUUGGAAGAACGAGAAAGCGACGUGGUGGUCUCUCGAAUUAUAUUAGUUUUAACUCCCCUGACGUGCCCAUGAAUCCACCAGAGGGUAUUGAGACUGCUUUGAAAGUAAAGUUUUUACAACAACCACAGGUAGAAGAAAUGCAGAAGCUGUUUGACCAGCGUCCCAUUUGGUCUAGAAAUGCGUUAAGAUAUCUGACAAAAUUUACCAACGAACAGCUCAAAGUGUUGUUACCUUCUGUUGCUUACUACUUUACAACUGGACCAUGGCGCGUUACGUGGGUCAAGCUAGGUUAUGAUCCUAGGAAAGACCCUAAAUCCAGAAAGUAUCAGACUUUAGAUUUUAGGAUGAAAGGAACAGAUGGCUUACUUUCAAACAUUCGAUGUAAGAGAGGCUAUUCUGAUGUAAGUAUGAAGAAUAGAAAUGUUCCCAACACUAAGUCCAAGACAACAGUUUUGACACCAAAUAGUAGUUUUCAACCUCAAAAAAAGAGUAUAAUGAUGGAUGAAAAUGUUUAUAUAUACCGUCCUGGGAUGAUUCCACCAUCCAGGCAAAUGUUUUAUCAGUACUGCGAUGUACAUGUUAAAGAAAUACAAGACAUGUUGGAUAAAUACUUAGGUCCACCACCUGGAACACCAUGCCAUGAAAAAAUGGGUUGGUUACCUAGCAAUUUCGAUGACCUCUGUAGGGAAAUACUUAGUAAAUAUGUACGAAUUGAGUUGAGAAAAAUGAUGAACAUUCCUGAAAAUCAUCCAACGACUUUGCCUCGUAAAUUGAAAAUUCUUUCGGAUAGAACUAUACAAAAGAAAAAAAAAAAAUUGCAACAAACUAUGAACAGUAUUGUGUCAGCUCCAAUAAAUGAAAAAAAUUAUCAAGAGGAGGUGGAAUACGAAGACGUAGAAGUAGAUGAGAUUGAGCAAAUUCUCAGUGAAAAUGGGAAUAAAGCUCAGAAAGGUGAUCAUGGAAACAGUGAUGACGAAUUUCAUGGAUUUGCGAAUUGAAACGGCUGGGCCCA